AUGGGCCAAUCCGUUCCGCAGGACGCGUCUGCGCUCGCAGAAGUGCUAUGGACCCAUCCCGACCCGACCUCGACGCCCAUGUGGCAGUUUAUCCAGCGCGUCAACGCCGAGCACAACCUCGCCCUCGCGGGGUAUCCCGACCUCUACCGGUGGUCCAUUGAUCGCAUCGCCGAUUUUUGGCGCGCGUGCUGGGACUUUGUUGGCAUUGUCGCCUCGAAAGAAGCCCACGAGGCAUGUGUCAUCCCCGACCACGCCCCCAUGUUUCCCCGCCCCGACUUCUUCGGUACCGCCCGUCUCAACUUUGCCGAGAACCUGCUGUUCCCGCCCGUGCCGCUAUCGGCCGCCGCACCCGCUGUCCUCUCUGUCACUGAGCUCCCAGGCACGCUCCGCACAACGUCGUGGGCCGAGCUGCGCGAGGCGGUCCGGCGCUGCGCCGCGAGCCUGCGCGCCGCCGGCCUGGGCCCGCACGACGUCGUCGCCGGCUACGUUUCCAACCACGUUGAGGCGCUCGUCGCCAUGCUGGCGGCCGCGUCGAUCGGCGCCGUCUGGACUGGCAUCAGCCCGGACAAUGGCGUGUCGGCCGUGCUGGACCGCCUGUGCCAGAUUGCGCCCAAGGUGCUGUUCGCCGACAACGGCACCGUCUACAACGGCAAGCAGUGGCCAAGCACCGCCAAGACAAACGACAUUGUCGCCGCGCUGCGGCCCACGGGCCUGGAAACCGUCAUCGUCAUUGGCAAUAUUUCCGGCGACCUAGGUCUGGAGGAGCUGGUCGCGCACAGCGUCCGCGCCGUCGAUUACAGGGCCUUCCUCGAGGCCGCUCCCGCGCCCGCCGACGCGCCCCUCGAGUUUGCGCAGCUCCCGGCCUCGCACCCGCUCUACGUGCUGUACUCGAGCGGCACGACGGGCCUUCCCAAGGCCAUUGUCCACACGGCGCUGGGCACGCUGCUGCAGCAUAAAAAGGAGCACGUGCUGCACUGCUCACUGACGCCGGCCUCGCGCAUGCUCUACUACACCACCACGUCGUGGAUGAUGUGGCACUGGAGCGUCGGCGCCCUCGCCGCCGGCGCCACUCUCGUCCUCUACUCGGGCUCGCCCUUCCGCCCGUCGGCGCACCUCUCCCUGCCGCGCGUCCUCUCCGACCUCGCCGUCACCCACUUUGGCACAUCUGCCGCCUACCUCACCGCGCUCGAGGCCGCCGACGUGCGCCCCGUCGACGACCCCACCCUCGACCUCUCCCGGCUGCAGGCCAUCUACUCGACCGCCUCGCCGCUCCCGCCCUCGACCUUUCGCUUCGUCUACCGCGCCUUUCCCGCCACGGUCAACCUGGCCUCGAUCACCGGCGGCACCGACAUCAUCUCCCUCUUCGGCGCGCCCUGCCCGCUGCUUCCCGUCCGCGUCGGCGAGAUUCAGUGCGCCGGCCUCGGCAUGGCCAUUCGCGCCGUCGACCCCGCCACCGGCGCCGACCUGGCUCCCGGCGAGCCAGGUGACCUCGUCUGCGUCCGCCCCUUUCCCUGCCAGCCGCUCACCUUUUUCGGACCCUCAGGCCAGAGCAAGUACGAGGCCGCCUAUUUUGCGCGCUUCCGAGACGUCUGCGGCGUCGACGGCCCCGUCUGGCACCACGGCGACUUUGUCAAGAUUCCAGACCCGGCCACCGGCGCGCUGGUCAUGCUCGGCCGCUCCGACGGUGUCUUGAAGCCCGCCGGCGUGCGCUUCGGCUCCGCCGAAAUCUACAACAUCCUGACGCGCUUCUUCGCCGCCGACAUUGACGACGCCGUGUGCGUCGGGCGCCGCCGGGAGACGGACGCAGACGAGACCGUCUGCCUCUUUGUCGUGCCCGUCGACGGCAGCGCGCUCACCGAGGAGCUACAGACGCGCAUCAAGGCCAAGAUACGCGCUGAGCUCAGCCCGCGUCACGUUCCGGGCGUGGUGGCGGAGGCUGGCGGCGGCAUCCCCAAGACGGGCAACGGGAAAAAGAUCGAGGUUGCGGUCAAGCAGAUUCUGUCGGGCAUCAACGUCACGACAAACGCGUCCGUCGCCAACCCGGAAUCGCUCGAGUGGUUCCGGGAAUGGGCCAAGACGAACUGA